UUCGAGAUGCUGUUUGGCGACUCGUCGCCAUUCCCGGAGCACCUCGGCCUCGGCCCAGAGGCGAGUGUCGGUCGCUGUGUCGGAGACACCUGUCCCCGACACCAAGACAGCCAGCCCUCUCCGCUGCCCCGCGGCGGGAGAGCGUGUCCGGCCGGCCGGCGGGGCUCGCGCACCCUCCCUCGUCUCCCCUCCCCCCGCAGCCUCCGCCCCGCCAGGCCCGGCCCGGACCUCCGAGCCCCGGCCUCCUCCUUCUUCUCUGUCACCACCGCCGCCGCCGCCGCCGGGCUCCACAGCCCCACCCGCCGCUUCUCUUUCCAGUUUGAGAAGCUGAAGAAGGAAACAGGGAAAAAUGUCGCCAUGAAGGCCGAGAACCGCUGCCGCCGCCGACCCCCGCCGGCCCCGAACGCCAUGAGCCUGGGUCCCCGCCGCGCCCGCUCCGCUCCGACCGCCGCCGCCGCCGAGGCCCCCGUUGAUGCCGCAGAGCUCCCCCAGCGCCGCCGCCACCGCUUCCGACAUGGACAAGAACAGCGGCUCCAGCAGCUCCUCCGCCUCUUCGGGCAGCAGCAAAGGGCAACAGCCGCCCCGCUCCGCGUCGGCGGGGCCGGCCGGCGAGUCUAAACCCAAGAGCGAUGGAAAGAACUCAAGUGGAUCCAAGCGUUUUAAUCGCAAACGUGAACCUUCCUAUCCCAAAAAUGAAAAUUUUAGCAACCAGGUCCGUCGCUCCAAUUCACAGAAAAGCAAAACUUUUAACAAGAUGCCUCCACAGAGGGGUGGCGGCAGCAGCAAAGUCUUUAGCUCUUCUUUUAAUGGUGGAAGACGAGAUGAGGUAGCAGAGGCUCAAAGGGCAGAGUUUAGCCCUGCCCAGUUCUCUGGUCCGAAGAAGAUCAAUCUGAACCACUUGUUGAAUUUCACUUUUGAACCCCGUGGCCAGGCGGGUCACUUUGAAGGCAGUGGACAUGGCAGCUGGGGAAAAAGGAACAAGUGGGGGCAUAAGCCUUUUAACAAGGAACUCUUUUUACAGGCCAACUGCCAAUUUGUAGUGUCUGAAGACCAGGACUACACAGUUCAUUUUGCUGAUCCUGAUAUCUUAGUCAACUGGGAUUUUGUGGAACAAGUGCGCAUUUGUAGCCAUGAAGUGCCAUCUUGCCCAAUAUGCCUAUAUCCACCUACUGCAGCCAAGAUAACCCGUUGUGGACACAUCUUCUGCUGGGCAUGCAUUCUGCACUACCUUUCACUGAGUGAGAAGACCUGGAGUAAAUGUCCCAUCUGUUACAGUUCUGUGCAUAAGAAGGAUCUCAAGAGUGUUGUUGCCACAGAGUCACGGCAGUAUGUUGUUGGUGAUACCAUUACGAUGCAGCUGAUGAAGAGGGAGAAAGGGGUCUUGUUGGCUUUGCCCAAAUCCAAAUGGAUGAAUGUAGACCAUCCUAUUCAUCUAGGAGAUGAGCAGCACAGCCAGUACUCCAAGUUGCUGCUGGCCUCUAAGGAGCAGGUGCUGCGCCGGGUAGUUCGGGAAGAGAAAGUAGCUCUGGAGCAGCAACUGGCAGAGGAGAAGCACACUCCCGAGUCCUGCUUUAUUGAGGCAGCUAUUCAGGAGCUCAAGGUAAGACGAUGCCUGGAAACAGGAUAGGAUGGUGGGGAUAAGUUACCUCGGUCCCACAUUUAAGAUAGUGACCAGGGAAAGGCUAAAAAAGCCAGUUUGCUCUGUGUUUUGGUGAUGUGAGGGAAGGGCUGACCUAGUGUUUUUUUUGUGUUUUAUUUUGACAGGGGGACCUAGUGGUUUUCAAAGUGCUCUCUGGAGCUGAAAGGAAGAAACUAAAAUGAUCUUAUAGCUAGUUGAGUCACUGAAGUCGUCUCUUAGGUUCUGAGUUAAGCAAGGUAGACUUUUUUUUCCCUAAGAAAACACUUGGAUUUAUUUUUAGAGAUGUUUUAUUUGAGGGGCAUUUUGAAGAAAGUAUGGCCUAUCCAGCAGGCCCUAGCAGUGCCUGCUGAGGAUUUGGAGCAGCAGGAAUUUCCCAAAUACAGAAUUUCCUAAGCUCUGUACCCUUUAGUAGGUGUCAGAAUCCCUGGUUGUUGGGCUCCACCCUGAGAAAUGGAUUCAGUCAAGGCUGGGCGAAGUAGGCUUAAUAAUUUGCAUUAUAAUGCGUACCAGGGUGAUUUUGAUGUUGUUCAUCCUCAGACCAUAUUUUGAGAAUUACAGAUCUUAAUUAGAGCAACGAAAGGCCUUGUUUAUUGAGCGAUUGGCAUGUGACAGGCCCUGUGCGAAGGUACCGCUAUUUACAUUUAUCUCACUUAAGCGUCAUAUCCUGGGGUGAUAGAUACAACUAUCCCCUUUCAUGGAUGAGGAGAUGGAGUCAUGGGUUACGUAAGGUAAUUUGCUUGAGGACAUGUAACUAAUAAGAGGUGAAGCUGAUAUUUGAACUCGUCUUUUCUGAGCCUUCUCUGGCAGGGUCCUGUGUAUUUAAUUUGUUUUUUUUCCUAUAAUGCAGAGUAUUUGUUCAAGUGCAUUUCAGAGAAGAAAAGCUGUAUCAAAGUAGAGCUGUCCAGGG